AUGCCGGAGUUGCAGGAAAAGCAAGAGCAGGCGGAUCAGAAAAAAGCAAAGUUUCAUCAACCAGAGGGCGACCAUAUGACGCUCUUAGCCGUGUACAAUUCCUGGAAGCAUCAUCACUUCAGUCAGCCGUGGUGCUUCGAAAACUAUGUACAAAUAAGAACUCUCAAGCGUGCGCAGGACAUACGGAAGCAAUUACUCGGUAUCAUGGACCGCCACAAGCUGGACCUGGUCAGUUGCGGUCGCGACGUCCAGAGAAUUCAGAAGGCCAUCUGUUCCGGUUUCUUCAAGAAUGCGGCGAAACGAGAUCCUCAGGAAGGUUACCGAACUCUCGUGGAUGGGCAGAACGUUUUCAUCCACCCCUCAUCUGCGUUGUUCCAGAAUCAGCCAGAAUGGGUUGUGUAUCAUGAACUUGUUAUGACGACGAAAGAGUACAUGCGAGAGGUUUGCUUAUUUUGUGAACUCAUGGCGGAAAUUUUCGAGAAGCUGACUGCAAGCUAUCUUUGUUUAACCAGAGCUAAACCUGAUUUUUGA